UCGCCCCUCGCUUCCGGCCGCGGCGGCCUCCGCGUCCGCGUCCGCGUCGCGGGCUGCACGGACCCCUCGUCCGAGCGGCAUGAGGCGCUGAGGCGCGGCGGCCUCCGCGCAGCGGCCCCCCGCGGCGCCAUGAACCUCCUGCCCUGUAACCCCCACGGCAACGGGCUGCUCUACGCCGGCUUCAACCAGGACCACGGGUGCUUUGCAUGUGGGAUGGAGAAUGGAUUCCGAGUCUAUAACACCGACCCACUCAAGGAGAAAGAGAAACAAGAAUUUUUGGAAGGAGGAGUUGGCCAUGUGGAAAUGUUAUUUCGCUGCAACUAUUUAGCUUUAGUUGGUGGUGGGAAAAAGCCAAAGUACCCUCCCAACAAAGUGAUGAUCUGGGACGACCUGAAGAAGAAGACCGUCAUCGAGAUAGAGUUCUCCACGGAGGUCAAGGCGGUCAAGCUGCGGAGAGACAGAAUCGUGGUGGUUUUGGACUCCAUGAUUAAGGUGUUCACAUUCACACACAAUCCCCACCAAUUGCAUGUCUUUGAAACCUGCUAUAACCCUAAAGGCCUCUGUGUCCUGUGUCCCAACAGUAAUAACUCCCUCCUGGCCUUCCCUGGCACCCACACGGGCCACGUGCAGCUUGUGGACUUGGCCAGUACGGAGAAGCCACCAGUGGACAUUCCUGCACAUGAGGGCAUCCUCAGCUGCAUUGCUCUCAACCUGCAGGGAACUAGAAUUGCCACUGCAUCAGAGAAAGGGACCCUUAUAAGAGUAUUUGAUACCUCAUCAGGGCACUUAAUCCAGGAGCUACGAAGAGGAUCUCAAGCAGCUAGUAUCUACUGCAUCAACUUCAAUCAGGAUGCUUCCCUUAUCUGUGUGUCCAGUGACCAUGGCACUGUGCACAUUUUUGCAGCUGAAGAUCCAAAAAGGAAUAAACAGUCGAGCUUAGCGUCAGCCAGCUUCCUUCCCAAGUACUUCAGCUCCAAGUGGAGUUUCUCCAAGUUCCAGGUGCCCUCGGGCUCUCCGUGCAUCUGUGCCUUUGGAACGGAGCCCAAUGCGGUCAUUGCGAUCUGUGCCGAUGGCAGCUACUACAAGUUCCUGUUCAGUCCCAAGGGUGAGUGUGCCCGGGAUGUGUGCGCACAGUUCCUGGAGAUGACUGACGACAAGCUGUGACUCCCCUGAGACUGCAGCCAACCAUCCAGUGCCCCGUGGACUCCGGAGGUGAGGGACGCCAGGGACUGCCUGGGACCUUGGUCUUGAAGCCAUACAUGGUUGCCCACCCUCCAGAGCCAGGCUUACCACACCUGCAUUAAAGAGGAUCAUCGUCCAGGCUCCACAGAUGCUGCCCUUUCAUUCAACUCUGACAUUAGCGCUGUGGUCCCGCUGCUCCCUCAUGCCUACAGGCCUCAUGCAGACCUGGGCACACAAGCCAAGAGCAGCAGUGGUCAUGGAAGCUUGUGUUUGCAGCAGAUUCUCUCAUCGUCCCUGAGCCUGCAGUGACGACCCUGUGUCGGCCCUCGGUUCCUAGGCCGGUGGCUGCCCAGUGAGACCAUCAGCCCCUGGCAUUUGUCUGCUGCACAUGCAGAGAUGCAGCUGGCUCUGUUCAGAGCACACAUCACCAUGUCCCCUCUGCCUAGCGUGGUCUCUACCAUGUGGAUCUCCCAGCUCUGCUGGAGCACCUUUACCAUGACCAGAGCCCUGGUCCUUGACUGGGGACUGGCUCUUCUGGUUAGAAUUAGGUUAAGAAGGAGUUUUCAGGUACACAGAGGGAACAAGUAACACACAGGCUUUGAAAACUAGUGACAGGAGAAAAUGGCAGUUGAUUUGGGGGCCUGCUCUGCAGCAUGGUGCGGUGCCCACUGUGUCCCCUGGUGGCCUGUCACUGUGGAGGGACCUGGGGCAGCCUGUUGUGCCCGCUCCCCUUACCACCUUUUCCUGACACUUAGAGAAAUACUGUACACUAACCUGGAAUGAGAAACCCACUUGGCACUGAUGCAGGCAACAGGUCCUGCAUGGUGGUGCCACUGAGUGAGGUGUGCAUUUAAUUUUCUUGAGUCUUUUCCAAGAAGCCAGUUUUACAGUUUUGAGUCCAUGUUACAAACAUUCAAACUCCACCCGGCAUUGAGUUCCCAUCCUGCGAGUUUCUUCACUGUUGUGUAAUCAGCUGACUUCAUAUGUGGAUUUCAUGUCAAGUAUGCAUGUUGCCUUUAUGUGUAUUUAAUCAUGAAACUUAAUUUUGCACACUUAUUUGUACUGUUCUUUUCAAUAAAAGUGACUAAUUUUGUUGUA